GCCACUUCCCAGAGCGGUGCUGUAAGGGGCGGUUGUAGCUCCUUCCUGUCCAGCCCCCCGCACCUCGCCUGGAUUCGGAGUCACUCCCGGUGCGCAGGGGCGAGUCUGCGUCUGCAGCCCGGCCGGGCGAGGUGAUCAUCCCCUGGGCUGAUCUCAUCCCCCCUUGGACGUGCCCCCCCCCCCCCACAGAUGGUGCUGCAGGGGGUCCAUUGCUGAUGCCAGGCGAUCCCCAGGGAGAUACGGCUGUGCUCCAGCUCAGAGACGGGCCAUGGCUGCCCAGGUGGCUCCCCCAGCCGCUCUCAGGCUCCAGUUCCAACCCCCACUGGGAUGUGGUCUGGUUCCCAAAGAGGAAGUGGAGGAGCCGGAUGCCCACGGACCCGUCGACAUGGAGAUGCAUCGUCUGCACUUCAGGGGGUUCCGCUACCAGGAGGCUGAGGGGCCCCGGGAGGUGUACGACCACCUCUGCCUCCUCUCCCGGGCGUGGCUGAGGCCGGAGCAGCGCUCCAAGGAGCAGAUGCUGGAGCUGCUGGUGCUGGAGCAGUUCCUGAGCAUCCUGCCCCAGGAGAUCCAGAGCUGGGUGGGGGGGUGUCACCCCCAGACCGGGGAGCAGGCCGUGGCUCUGGUGGAGGGUUUCCAGUUAGCCAAGGAAGAGCCCGGAAGAUGGCCACAGCAGGAGGAGCUGGUGACAUGGAAGGAGGAGACAGUGUGUUCCUCUGGGGCAGAGCGGGCAGAGCUGGAUCCAGGACAGGGUGAGAUCUGCAGGGAGGUUAAGGAGGACACUCUCAUUUUGCUGGAAGGAUUCACCAUCCCUGACCUGGCUGCGAUCCCCCGGAUGGAGCCAGGGAAAGAGCCGAGGGUCCCGAAUCUCCAGGGCUCUGAGGAAAGGGAAAUCCCGAAAGGCGCCCACAGAGCAGGUGCCGGGACAGACGACGGGAAUCCCCAAUGGGAAGGACCUGUGGGAGCUGAGCCACCUGGGAUGUCCCGGAGCCCCGAGCAGGGAGAUGCCUGUGGGGCAGCAUGGCUGCAGGGAGAUCCCCCAGGGGAGCAGAGACCUGCUGGGUGUGGUGAGCCCCAGCCUCAGGGAACCCCCAUGGGACAGAAACCCUGUAAAUGCCCCGACUGCGGGAAGAGCUUCAGGUGGAACUCAGCGCUCCUCCACCACCAGCGAUCCCACACGGGGGAAAAACCUCAUCAGUGCAGGGAAUGUGGGCAAAGUUUUGUGCAGAAAUCAAACUUGACUAGACACCUGAAGGUCCACACUGGGGAGAGACCCUACACAUGUCCCCAAUGUGGGAAAAGCUUUCGUGAGAAGUGCAACCUUUCCCAGCAUCAGUUAAUGCACCAGCAAGAGAGACCUCACAGAUGUACUGAAUGUGGGCAAAGUUUUGUGCAGAAAUCAACCCUGACCAGACACCUGAAGGUCCACACUGGGGAGAGACCCUACACAUGUCCCCAGUGUGGGAAAAGCUUUCGUCAGAAGUACAGCCUUUCCCAGCAUCAGUUAAGGCACCGGGAAGAGAGACCUCACAAAUGUACCACAUGCGGGCAAAGCUUCGCUCUCAAAUCGUACCUUGUUCAACACUUGAUGAAAUGCCACAUAGAAGAGAAAUCCUAUAAAUGCCCCGAUUGUGGGAAACUGUUUGCUCGGAGCUCAUACCUUAGGAAGCACCAAAUGACCCACAUGAGGGAACGUCCCACAGAUAUCUCCAGUGCAGGGUAGGGUUCACCCAGAGGUUCAACCUUCUGGUGCAUCAGAGGACCCACACAGGUGAAAGACCCUAUGGAUGCUGGGACUAUGGGAACAGCUUCAAUUGGAGACUGGGGCUUGUCCAGCACCACAAGACUCACAUGGGGGGGGAAACCUCAUGAGCGCACUGAAUGCGGGCAAGGUUCAGGCAGAAAUCAAACCCAACUAAGCAUGUGAAGAUCCACACCAGGGAGAAGCCCUAUAAAUGUCCCCAGUGUAGGAAAAGCUUUCAUUAGAAGAUCGCCCUUUACCAGAAUCAGGUUAUACACACCAGCAACAGAGCCCUCACAAAUGCAGCAAGUGUUAGAAAGCUUCACUGUCAAAUCAAACCCUGUUCCACACCCGAUGCCACAAAUGUAAGUUCAGCUGAAAUGUGAUCUACCAUCGCAAUAGGGACUCCACACAAGAUAGAAAACAUUGGCGUGGUUCUUCCUUUUCUUGGAGCCCACUCAUAUAUAUAAAAAAUGACAAGGUUCAAAGUUCAUGGGUGGGUAGUAGCAUCUUAUUUAUGGUGAGAGGUGUGAGAUUUGGGAGGGGGAAGGAGCUGGUGAAGGACGGAAAGGAGAUAUUUCACUGGGGUGAGAUGGUUAGUGGAAGUUUCAAGGUAAGAUGAUUAGGUGUUGGAGGGAAGUGAUUGCCAGGGAUUGGCAGGAACCAAAAACAGAGAGAGAGCCUAGUUGUGUCCACACAGGGACUUAUGGUGGUAUAAUUAACCAGGUAUAUUUGUGAUGGUAAAAUUCCCCAUGUAAACAAGUCUUUAGGAAGGAAAGUUUAAAGGUAACAGCUGAACACUUUCAGGUUUAUAGAGAACUAAUAUGCCUUGAAUGAUUAGUACCUACUAGUUCCUCCUGGUCCUCAAAAAUGCAAAGCUAUCUACCUCGGUUCAUCCUCAAAUAAGAUCCACCUGGACAGUAAGAAAAUGGUUCAUAUCAUGUGAGACACUUUGUCUAAAAGCGUGGUUCUCAAACUUAUUGUAUUGGAGAAUGCUUUCACACAGCAAGCCUCUGAGUGUGACCCCGGUUAUAAAUUAAAACCACGUUUUAAAAUUAAAA